CGAAUACAUCCAGCUUCACGCGACAGGACUGAGAGGACUGCAGGUGUCCUCAAUAUCCGCCGCUACGCCCUCUCUUGUUGUUUAAGCAUUGUGGUUACUUGCGACUGUUCUAAUGUAUUAAUACCCCCCACAUUGCUCUCAGCACUCUCGUCGCUUUUGAGCUUCUCACUCCACCCCGGGGAACAGACUGCGCCAAGUCUCUCCCAAUCACCACAUCACCAUGCUCGCCCGACAGACCCGGAGGAGCAUUUCCCUGCACCGAGCCACUGCCAUAGGGCCAAUUGGACGCCCAUCAAGAUGCCUGCCGCUGCAGCUCUCACUUUCGACCCUCGGCCGACGAUGUGUCGUCACCCAGUUCCAGCCCCGCAAUCGACGAGGCUCAGAGUCUAGCCACGGACCUUCCCAUGGCCGGACCCUGGCCACGGCUGUUGAUGACUUCAAGUUCGCCAAUUCCCCCUACAGUCCCCUCCCAGGCUCUGGCAUGGCGUCUUUCCAAGGUGCGCCCUACCUUCGACCAUUCGAUCCCACAAUGCCUUUGGUCAUCCCGGAGCCAAGCCCCCCGAGGGCAUCGAGCAAGAUGAACUCGAGCGGAAUUCCUGGCGAUGCCGAAGACAUGCUUCCUGUAUUUGAUGCUUGUGUUCGGGUUGGAAAACUUGACCGAGCGGCUCUCGUCCUGAAACGCCUGAACACUAUUGGAGUCGUCCCUGGUGAAGAGCGCAUAACCCUUCACAAUCAGUACCUCAGAGCAUCGCUCAACCAAAUGCGAACCAACCCCGAUCGAAAACAAGCCGAGCAACUCCACAAGUGGUACGAGCUCGAGAUCCGAAACGAAGACAUCCCCCAAACCGCCGAGACGAUUGCCUGCAUGCUUAAGGCUUCCCUUCUCUCCGAGCGAGGGGCGAGACUCGAGCGCCUCAUCAACCGUUAUAUGAGCAUGGCUCCGGGUGAGGCUGGUCUGCGUGUUCUCAGCAUGGCCGAUAUCCUCAGCGAUUCGGAUCUUGCCGUCAUCACCGAAAUCUGUCCCACGUACAACUUUGCCCCCGAGGCUGAAGAUGCCGAAGUCACCCUCGUAUCCAACGAGGAGGAACUUGACAUAUUAGAGGGUCUUGGAGAUACUGCAGAGGCUUCCGAAGCCCCGGCCUAUCCGGAACUCCGAGUCACCCCCCAGCGAGGUGAGGGUCUGGAGACUUUGAAGCUAAGCCUAGGCCUCAUCAGCCAACUUGAAAACGUCGAUAUUUCCAAGCUCUCACUAGAAGAGCAGCGCGAGUUCCAAAUUCGCUUGGAGCGCGAUUCCAUCGAUGCCGCGAUCGCAAAAUGGCGAACCGAUAGGAAGCAAUUGCAGAAGAUCGGUGUUCAGACUGUUCUGAGCGCCAACGCAGACGACGGAUCUUUGGCCCAGAACCUGCCCAACUGGCUCAAGGAGAUGGAAGCCCGACUAAAGACGGAAAUUGCCAAGAUUGAGGAGUCGGAAAACAAGGCAUCCAAGUCCGAGGAGGAUCUGGGGCGUUGUAUUUAUGGACCAUUCAUUCGCCAGGCCGACCCAACCCGCCUCGCCGCCGUGACCAUUCUGUCUGUGCUCAACCACGGCGCCAUGAUGGGCAUUGACAAGGGAGUUGUUCUGGGCAGACUUAUUAACGACAUUUCUCGAGUUGCGCAAGAGGAUAUUCGUCUUCAAUUUGUCGACAAGCGUAAACGGGAGGAAAGACGUCUACGCAAGGUCAACUUCAUCGGAAAAGAGAAAGACGUCAAGACCAACCCUGACGGCGUCAUUAUCGACGCGACUGGACCUGAAGCUGAGCCAAAGGAUGAGAGAUUUCACAAGCCUUGGUCCAUCACCAUCAGGGCGCAAGUUGGUUCCAUCCUCCUCAAAUCCUUGAUCGAAACCGCCAAGGUCAAGGUUGUCAAGAAACACCCAGUCACCGGGGACCGCAUCAGUCAAUACCAGCCUGCGUUCUCGCAUAUGAUGCAACCACGAAAAGGAAAGAAGAUUGGAGUUCUCGUUCUGAACGCGGAUCUUGUCGAACGGAUGAAACGAGAGCCAGUGGGUGAUUUCAUUGCCAAGCACUUACCCAUGGUUGCCGAGCCGAGGCCCUGGAAGCGGAUGUACGAGGGUGGUUUCCUGGAGAGCAAGGCGCCAUUAGUGCGAGUCAAGCCCGGAGACGUGGAGCAGAAGUUGUACACCAAGGCGGCAAUCCAGAGAGGUGACAUGCAGCAAGUAUUCAAGGGCUUGGAUGUGCUUGGAAAGACUUCUUGGAGGAUCAACAACAGCGUUCUGAACGUCAUGGUGGAAGCAUGGAACACCGGAGAUGAGAUCGCAAACAUGCCACCCCUCAGCCCCAACUUGGAACUCCCUACUGAGCCCGACUCUACCGAAGACCCUUUGAUCCGAAGACGAUGGAUUCGCGCCGUAAAGGCCAUCGAGAACGAAAGAUCCGCCCUUCACUCUCAGCGAUGCUACAUGAACCUACAACUCGAAAUCGCGCGAGCGUUUCGCAACCAGACCAUUUAUUUCCCUCAUAAUAUCGAUUACCGUGGCCGAGCUUACCCAAUUCCCACAUACCUCAACCACAUGGGAGCGGAUCACACCCGUGCCAUUCUCAAGUUCGCUAAAGGAAAGGAGCUGGGCGCAAACGGUUUGAGGUGGCUGAAAAUUCACAUGGCCAAUGUCUACGGAUUUGACAAGGCCAGCUUCGAUGAGCGAGAGGCCUUUGCUACCGACAACCUCGCCAACAUUGUGGAAUCGGCUACAAAUCCCCUGAACGGCAGCAGGUGGUGGCUGAAGGGUGAGGACCCUUGGCAAUGUCUUGCUGCCUGCUUCGAGCUAAAGGCUGCUCACGAGCUGCCCGAUCCCAGCAAGUUUGUCUCUCAGUUGCCGGUGCACCAGGAUGGUACCUGCAACGGCCUUCAGCACUACGCAGCGCUCGGUGGAGACACAUGGGGUGCCCAGCAGGUCAAUCUUGUGCCUGGAAGCCGACCCGCAGAUGUCUACUCUGCCGUUGCCAACUUGGUCAAGGAGUCCAUUGCAAAGGACGCCGCUGCCAAAAACCGCCUUGCAGAAAUUGUCAAAGACAAGAUCACCAGAAAGGUCGUCAAGCAGACUGUCAUGACUAAUGUCUAUGGCGUUACCUUCUCCGGAGCCAAGAACCAGGUGUGCAAGCAAAUUGAUGCACUCUAUCCCAACUUGCACAAGGAGUGCGGCAUCCCCCACAUGCUCCUGUCGACCUAUAUCGCCAAGCACAUUUUUAGCGCCCUUGCGACCAUGUUCCGUGGUGCCCACGAUAUCCAAUAUUGGCUAGGCGAGAUCGGUGGUCGUGUUUGCAGAGCCUUGACACCUGCUCAGCUCCAGCAAAUUGCCGAUACCUUUGAGGAGGAAAAGCAAUCGGGACGCAAGGCUAAGAAGACCACCGCCAAGAAACCGAAGGUGGCCAAGACCGGAAUUGACGCGUUGAGCUUGCAAUUUCGGUCUACUGUUGUAUGGACCACCCCUCUUCGAAUGCCGGUUGCCCAGCCGUAUCGAAAGGCGACUACGAAGGAAGUCCGAACUUGCCUGCAGAGUGUCGCGUAUUCUGUCAGCGAUCAGACCGAUCCCGUGAACCGAAGAAAGCAACUUCAAGGAUUCCCUCCUAACUUUAUUCAUUCGCUGGAUGCUAGUCACAUGUUGCUCUCUGCCCUCCAGUGCAACGAACUUGGCCUGGAUUUUGCCGCUGUACAUGACUCUUUCUGGACUCAUGCUGCGGAUGUGGAUGUUAUGAACGGCGUCCUCCGCGAAGCCUUCAUUCGGAUCCACGAGGAAGACGUUGUUGGCCGACUGGCUGCCGAAUUCGAGGCCCGAUACAAGGGGUCCAUCUACCUUGCUCACAUCGACCCCGACACCCCAGUCGCUCAGAAGAUCAAGGACCUUCGCAAGUCGAGCAAGCUCAGCCCCCGAGAGGAGCUCUUGCUGGAGUACAAGCGCAGCACCCUCCGACUCUCUGGAAACCCCUGGGACUUGGAGGCUGCUAAGCAGAUUGUGACUCCUGCCUCUGUAUACGAAGAGCUUGCUGCUUGCGAACAGGAUGUGGCUAUCCGUGAGGAAAAUGAGAAGCUGGGCCUUGGUCGUAUGUCCGAGAGCGAGACGAAUUUUGAUGAAGCCGCCGUUGCGGACGAGAUGCAGGAGGCGGAUGAUGCUGAGCACGAGAUUGGCGGCCGAUCGACGGCAGAAUUCACCAAUGGUAUUCUGGAGGCAAUGAAGACCAGUCGAUUUGAACAGGACAUCAUUGAGCCAAAGAAGCCGAGGGUUUUUGCCAACAAGCCCAAGACGCCACUGGCCAUCUGGUUGCCUCUGACCUUCCCCUCUCUACCUCAGAAGGGCGACUUUGACGUUACUCGCCUUCGAGACAGUCAGUACUUCUUUUCGUGAUGAGGGUGGCACCGUAGCCCCCAUGUAUGAUAAACGUUGAUAAACGUGCAAUGGCACACGUUGGGGAGGAAAGGAGGUUCGGCGAAAGUGUUUGCAUUCUUGAGGCAUAUUACGGCGUUUAUUUAAGAGGCGAGGAGUUGCGAACAACAAAAAAGCAUUUGGAUAGAGCACAUGUGACCUUGGAGGUUAUCGGGCUCUGCUCUGCACAUACAUAGCGAGAUGGUGUACACUGUUGUAUAUUACGAAGUCAAAAGAGAUAGGAAGAUGAUUUACGAUCCUAAGCGGUAGGAUAGAUGUUGAAAAACAAAAUACAAUCAACUCUUCAUGAGACAAUUAA